AUUAAGGUUUAUGUGAGAAAAACCAAAGCCUGGUCAGUUCCAGUCUUUUGUUGCUGUGUUUUUAUGUAUCUUCCUUCAUAUUGGGUGUACUUUCUCCUAAGACCAUCUUUACUGGAGGAUUCUCUCCCAGUUACUCUUAUUUUUGGGGUCAAAAAAAAAUUAAAAAACCCAAUAUUCAGUCCAUUAAGCGGAGAAACGUUACCCAGGAAGGAAUUGAGCAACGGCAUAAGCAACGAUACGUGGCAUGUUUUGGUUAGUUGUCGGUUCAAUUUAAAAAAAAAAAAAAAUUGCCAUUUUCUUUUCUUUCUUUUGCUAUCUUCUCUCUCGACGGAAUCCCUAAAACUCAUAGUGAUUCACUUCAGCAGAAUCCAAUUCAGCAGUUCCAGGUUGAUGUUAAAGGCCAAGGCUUUAUGUUAUCGUUUAGUGAAAUCCAGAAAAGCUACUUCUUGUGCUCUUCCCUCUGAACCAUCUCCCUCCACUUCAGUAGCCGCCGUCUCCGCCGUUUCCGGUGACCACCGGUCUCGAUGUUUGUCUUUGAUAGUCAAACUUGGUGGGAGAGGUCUUGCAAACUCUGCUCGGGAAGUGAUUAGCCGUGUUAUCGAUGGUUCUUCUUCUAUUUCAGAGGCGGCUUUAGUUGUUGAUUUCGCGGGCAACAAUGGAAUAGAACUCGAUUCGUGUUGCUGCGGCGCAUUGAUAAGGAAGCUGACGGAGAUGGGUCAGCCUGGAUUGGCUGAAACUUUCUACAACGAACGUGUGAUUGGAAAUGGUAUGGUUCCUGAUUCGUCGGUUUUAGAUUCAAUGGUGUUUUGUCUAGUUAAGCUAAGGAGGUUCGAUGAAGCUAGAGCUCAUUUAGAUAGCAGUAUAGCUUCUGGUUAUGUUCCUAGUAGAGAUGCUUCUAGUUUAGUAAUUGAUGAGCUUUGUAAUCAAGAUCGAUUUCUCGAGGAGUUUCAUUGCUUUGAACAAGUGAGAAAGGGAGGCAGUGGUUUAUGGCUUUGGUGUUGUAAGAGAUUGUUUAAGGGGUUGUGCGAUCAUGGACACUUGGAUGAAGCAGUUGGGAUGUUAGAUACUCUGUGUGAGAUGACGAGAAUGCCUCUACCUAUUAAUCUAUAUAAGUCUCUCUUUUACGGGUUUUGUAGAAGAAGAAUUGCUGAAGCUUUUGCUAGUCCUCACAGGAGGAAGUUGUGAGUACUGGUACUCAAGGAGGUGGCCAAGAGACUACGGCGUGCUUUGUCUGGAUCAUCGUAGCUAUAUGAAACACGAUUGUCCAAAAGGAAACAGAGGAGAUGUCACUGUGGUUAUUUGUCCGUUUUGUGCUACAGCAGUUCGGUUAAACCCUGACAAAGUUCCAAACUUGGUACGCGCCCCCCUAUGGAUGAUCAGGGAAGGAUUGGUUUUUACCAGGGAAGAAAGAGGAGAGAUUAGUCACGAAGAAGAAGCAUCCAAAGUUAAGGAUAUGCCAUUCUUUGUGUUUGUUUAGAUUCCCACGAUAACAUCCAAAUUAUUAUUUAAGAGAUUGAGCAAUCUUCUUUGGGUUCUCUAGUAAAUGAAUGAUUUUGCAAAAAUACUCUUAGGAUUGCUUUACUUAUAUUAAUAUUAAUUAUAUGAUUAAUUAA